GUGUGUCCAGGCAUGGCUGGCUGUAACGGUGUCUGAUCCCCGGGGAAUGGCAGCCGAGGAGAGGAGCCGGUCCCUGCCGGACGGGUGGCCCCGGAGCAGCAAGUUCGUCCUGUCUGCCUGUGCGGCUACAGCGGCCGAGCUGGUAACAUUUCCACUCGAUCUCACCAAGACCCGGCUGCAGAUUCAGGGUGAAGCUGCAUUAGAGCAACAUGGAACAGCACCAACUGUGCCUUACAGAGGGAUGGUAAGCACUGCGGCUGGCAUAGUACAAGAGGAAGGCUUACUAAAGCUUUGGCAAGGAGCCACACCUGCAGUGUACCGGCACAUAGUGUACUCUGGAGUUCGUAUGGUGGCCUAUGAGCAGAUCCGCGAUUCUAAACUUGGAAAAGGAGAUGAUGAGACAUUUUCUCUGUGGAAAGCUGUGGUAGCGGGGAUGACAGCUGGUGCUAUCGGGCAGUUUUUUGCCAGUCCCACAGAUCUGGUGAAAGUCCAGAUGCAAAUGGAAGGAAAGAGGAGGCUUGAAGGGAAACCACCGCGAGUUCGAGGGGUUUAUCAUGCAUUUGUGACAAUUGUGUCCAAAGGAGGAGUACGAGGAUUGUGGGCUGGCUGGGUUCCAAACGUUCAGAGGGCCGCUCUGGUAAAUAUGGGAGAUCUGACAACGUAUGACACAGUGAAACACUUCCUACUUCGAAACACUAAUCUAAAAGACAGUAUGUUGUGUCAUAGUAUUUCCAGCAUAUUUUCCGGUUUUGUGGCUGCUACACUAGGGACGCCAGCUGAUGUCAUCAAGACCAGGAUAAUGAAUCAACCUCGAGACAAGAAUGGAAGAGGAAUUCUGUAUAAAUCUUCUACUGACUGCUUCAUGCAAGCAGUACGCGGUGAAGGUUUAAUGUCUCUCUACAAAGGAUUUAUUCCCACAUGGAUGAGAAUGGCUCCCUGGUCAUUGGUGUUCUGGUUAACAUAUGAACAGAUCAGACGACUGGUGGGGGUUCAUUCGUUCUAAAACUAAUUAUGGGACAGAAAUGAAGAAAAAAAAAAAAAUCACGCAUAACCAAGUAUCUGCUCCAAUGAUUCAGGAAUCAAACUCAUUUAAAGAUGAGAAAUCUGGACCACUUUGAGAAGCACUGAAGAAAAAUACUUUCAAAAUUACGUUACGUUUCAGGAGAAUGGUCUACUCAGUACAAAUAAUAGAGGUUACAGAAAAUUCUUCAAUUAGGGGUUCUUUGAUAAUUUUGUGCUGCUAUGAGAUAGGUCACUAGACCAUUUUAUUUAUUUACAUGAACAAUUAACAUAGUUUGAUUGAAAUGAUUAUUUUUGCAUUUUUAUUUACACUUUUAAAAAGUUUAUUAUAAAACUGUAAAGAUGUUAUUUUGAAGAAUGCUCAUUCAUACAUGUCCUUAACCCCUUAAGGACCAAACAUCUGGAAUAAAAGGGAGUCUUGACAUGUCACACAUGUCAUGUGUCCUUAAGGGGUUAAAAUCACUGCAAGGACUAAAAUGUCCAAUGCUUCAAGGUUCUUGUCUCUCCUCAAUUUGUAGUAAGUUAGUGCCUAUAGUUGUGGAGAAGAGAUUGGGCAAUGUAAAAGGUACUCAGGAUAAUUUUUCAACUCAGUAAUUGUAAUGCUGGUACUUCACAGU